AAAUUGAAUGGUUUUUAUUCAACAAUAAAUUAAUCUAUUGAAGGUAUUUAAUAUUAAAUAAUUAUAAAACCCAUUAAAAAACUUAUAAAUAAAUAAAUAUUAAUGAGUGUAAUUUUAGGUUAAGAAACUAACAAUUCUUUCUUGUAAAGCUCAUAAGGUAUUGAGUAGACAUAUAGUGUUUAGCUUAAAAAGCCAAAUGUAGACCCAAAAACAUAAAGAGGCUAUUAUUUUAUGAGGACAGAUGAUAUAGUCGGAGCUUCUCCUUGCAAAAAUAGGUUUGCAAGCUCUUGUUAGAGAAAGACAAACCCUUUGAUGCCCGAAUAUAAAUUACCCUCACUUAAUAAUCUAAAUUAAUCUUAACAAUCUAUAAAUACAACAUUCAUUAGAGAUAGCUUGAAUGUCAAAGAUAUAGAGGGCACUUCUGCUAAGCCUAGAAACUGGAAUUAUUAAAGGAAUAAAGAUCCAUACACAGAAAUUGAAGGAAGCAAAACAAGACAAAGAAGAAUACUUUCAAAACCUAACUAUUAAUACGAUGUAUAAGAUAUCAACAAAGAUGGUAUACACAAGAGAAAUAGAUCUACAAAUCCUUUAGAACCAAGAUAUGAUAUCCCAUAUGAAAAAAACUAUGGAUACAUAGAGGGGACUGAAUCAAUUACAAAAAAGCCUAAAAUAUGUUUUAAGUAAAGGCAAAGCAAUUUUAAUAGGGAUAUUGAAUUAGCUUGGGUUAAUUCAGGAAAUGAAAAAAGAUAUUUUAUGGAUUAAAGAAGAUAGUUAAAAAACCCAUUAAAUAUUAGCGAUAUUGAAGGAACUUCUACUGAAUAAAAUAAAUACAAAUUUAGUACCAAAAGACAUAUCAAUCCACUAUGUCCAGUUUAUAAUUUCCCAGGACAUUCAGAGAAAUUAAAUUCCGAAGAUUUUAUUAGAAAGCCUCAUUACAAGCAUUAAUAGAUAUGA